AUAUAUAUAAAUGCUGUGAGUAAAUGUCUGUUGCUGGUUUACGGAUUGCAGCUGUUGGACAGCACUGCAUCACCAUAAUUUUAGUAUUUGAUGUUAACAUCGAUAAUUCCAACUAGCAAAUGAGAUUAACCCAUGCUGCACUGCUGGAAAGAUGAGUGAGAGUUCUGGUGUGGGUGUUACCUCCGGGGCCAUGAUUCUGGAGGAACCAGAAGAAAACAGGAGACCUGGGAGCAACCAGCAAGCUCCUGCCAGGGGACAGAGACACCUGCGCUGUGGUCCCUGUGCCCUGUGGCCCCGGCAGCAGACAUGGUUGUGUGUAGUACCACUCUUCAUCGGAUUCAUUGGCCUUGGACUGAGCUUGAUGCUUCUCAAGUGGAUUGUGGUGGGCUCAGUGCGAGAUUAUGUGCCCACAGAUCUGGUUAAUGCCAAGGGCAUUGGGCAGGAUCCUAUUUUCCUGUCAAAGCCCAGUACCUUCCCAAAGAGCUUCGAUACUACUACCACCACUGCUGUCACACAUUUAGUCAGCUCGACGAUGUCGUAUAGCACUACAGCUACUGUGGUGCGAAGCAGAACAAGGCCUGGUGUUCACCCAGUAAGCUCCACCACAAGCAAGGGUACUAUGCCAGGCAAACAAGCUACACAAGGGAGCACUACCAUGCGUCAUGGGCCUCACACCCCCAUGUUCACCACCACCAGUGCAGUUAGCACCAACUCCAAUGAGGGCAUCUCAACUUCCAGUACGAAGACCUCCAACCCAACAGUGCUACAUGACUCCACACAACUAUGGACACAGAAUCAAAACACCAAGUUGUUGGCCAUCACGUCCACACCAACACACAACAGAGGAACAACACCAUCACCCACUCUGCCACCUCUGCGCUCAGAGCACUUCAAACAGUGCCAUGAAAAAGACCUGACAUACUGCCUGAAUGAUGGGGAGUGUUUUGUCAUUGAGACACUGAGUGGAUCACAUAAACACUGCAGAUGUAAAGAAGGAUUCCAGGGUAUACGCUGUGACCAGUUUCUCCCUAAAACAGACUCAAUUUUGUCAGAUCCAACUGAACAUUUGGGCAUUGAGUUCAUGGAGAGUAAAGCAGUUUACAAGAGACAAGUACUUUCUAUCACCUGCAUCACCACAGGGAUCAGCCUUCUGGGAACAGUGUGCAUGGCUCUCUACUGCCGAAACAAACGACGCAGGGAAAAGCUCCAAGUCCAUUUGAAGGAAGGCCACAGCCUGAAGAACUACUUUGUAAAUGACCCCAGCCACAAACUCUGCUUGAGACCUCAUGCAAGUUUGCAGCCACAAAAUUAUUGUAGAAACAAUACUCACAGCCAAGCACAUGUUGGAGUGAAGAGUCAAUCCAGUUCUACAGAGGUUACAAGAGUUCCCUUCACCCAAUCCAAAGACCCUGCAGGAAAUCAUAAUUGCGGGGACUCUCUUUCUUUCAGCUCUGAAAAGAGUACCGUUGCUGUCAGUGGUAAGACUCCACCCCUAUCUAGAGGAAUGCUGAAUCCCACUGAGGAAGAGAGACAUUCUGGUUCCACCUACCAAUAUCUCCAUGAUCCAGAGUUCUCUAACAGAGAAGUUGAAUCAGUGAUGGGGCAUAUAGGAAGACCAAGAAGUUACCAAAGACAAAAUUCUCUUCUCGAUGUGAAACCGGGUGGUGGAAAUAAGACAGAAACACAGUCAUGCCAGCUGAACCGAAGCACUUGCAUGGUCAAGGACUCAUCACCUACCAUUCUUUCCUCACAUCUUUUCUACACCAGCACUGUUCCCAUAAUUCCCUCUGUGCUAAAAAAUGAAGAUGACACUUCUUGUAUGCAAAGCAGUAACACAGAUACAGGCAGAAUCAGCUUCACACCACAUGAAGGCACUAUCACAGUGGUCAAGGAACAGCACCUUCCACCAUCCUUAAGCACCUCCCCCAGAAAACAUACCCAGAUGGCACUUCUGCUCGAUGAAGCUCAAGAACAGCUCCAAGCAUUAGUCCAUGCUCACAGAAAACACAACAGUGGUGAUACUGCCACCUCAUGGGCCAGAGAGACUGUUUGCAUCCUACUUGGCAAUGGGACAAGUUCAGGGAGUUUGGCCUUAAAUGGACCUACUGAGACCCAACUAUUGAGCUCAAGAGAUACAAAAAAAGACUUUGCUCAAUAUUGCAAAUGAAAACUGGCAGUGUUAAGGACCAACUGAUACUCACUUGUGUCUUUAAACCAAGUCUAAGGAGGACCAGUGGGGAAAUAUGUUUUUCAAUAAAUAUCUAAAUACUAAAUCAUAAAUGCAUAUAUGGAUUAAUAUGGGAGGCAGUCUGAAAUUAUCAAAAAAUAUUUAUUGUUUAUUUGCAUUUAUAUAAUGAAAACAAAUAGUCUAUCAUGACCAUGGUGUUUUAACUGUAAAAAUAUAUAUGGAUAUAUACAAAUAUAUGAUUAUGUGAAAUUGAAAAGGUACCAGGGGAAUAUUGAACUGUUGUAAAGUUGCUGUACUUUUUGUGUCAACCAACACCAGGCUCAGUAGUAAUGAUCAAAAAUAGUCAACGAAUACAAUUUUCCACCACUACCUUUUUAUGGUCUAUUACAGUCUUUUGUCACCCUCUGUCCAUCAUCCUCACCCUGCCCAGCCAAGGAAUUAGUUUCCAUAAUUUACAGGAUUUAGACUAGUUUAUGGACCUAUGGACAAACAUGCUCAAUGUAUGCAACAUAAUUUCACUUUAUGGAAUAGUUGGUGAGACAUCCAAGGUUUUUGCCACAAUCUGAUUAGAAAAUGUUUGAGUGGUUAAGUGCUUAAAUCACUCUCAAGCACACACAGAGACACACUCAUAUAGAUGAAGAGUGCAUAGGCAAACAAUUACUUUUUUUUACCUUUUUCACUUAAGUUUACUCCCAGAUAUCCAAGCAUAUGAAAAUAUAAAUUUUGUCCAGCAAUGACCAACUACUUGUGGAUGCUGUCUUUGGACAAAAUAAAUAAUGUUGGAUAAUGAUUGCAACACUUUCAGAGCAUCUGGGCAUGGUGGACAUUGGCAGUGAAUAACAUUUUUCACAUUUCUUAAGAUUGAUACAUUUAUUAAAAAUGUCUCCAUUCAGCUCAUUACCUAUUGAUAAUUUUUAAAACAAUUGAAAGCCAUGAAUAUUUCCAACCUGUAGCAGAACACUGUGUUGUGAUUUAUUGUAUUCUCUAUAAAACUGUUGCCUGAAACAAAGAGAUAACAGCUGUUCUGAUUGUUUGAGCUAAUUAAAACAUUAGAAACUUUCGUAUAUGUAUCAACAUUCCUUCAUAUCCCAUUUGCAGUAUUUCAUAGUGUGUGUAUACCAUCAUGACUGUUUUCAUUAAAGGUUAUGGAGGUUAGUGUAAGAUGUGUAAUAAAUCUUAAAUGUUUACAAGAUGUAUAGAGCCUCUGGUCUCAAAAAUACUUAAAAUGGCUUUAACGCAUGUUUUGUUUCAACUUUUAUACCUACAUAUUUCUGCAAUAAAAUAUUAUACAGAU